AUGGAAGGGCGUUAUCAGUUUCAGAAAAAGGGGAAACUAAGCCCGAGGUUUAUCGGGCCAUUUAAAAUCAUCGAACGGGUUGGCAAGGUGGCUUAUCGCCUCGAGCUGCCAGAAGAGUUGUGUAGGAUACAUGGCAUGUUUCAUGUGUCGCAAUUGCGGAAAUGUCUAGCGGAGGAAACAGCUUAUAUCCAUUACGACGAUAUCGAGGUGGAUAAUAGCCUGAAUUAUGCGGUAAGGCCAUUGGAGAUUUUAGACCGAAAGGUUAAGCACUUGCGUAACAAACAAAUCGAUCAAGUCAAGAUCAAGUGGGAGCAUAAGAAGGGUUCGGACACUACUUGGGAGUCCGAAGAGGAGAUGCGACAUCUCUACCCUACACUAUCCGGUGAUAAUGGGAAUCUUAUGGAUGGCGGUCAAGCAAGUAGUUGA